AUGGUGCUUCGGGAAGAGCAGGAGAAAGCGACCUACAAUCAGAGAGUCGACUUCGCCAAACUACGCUCCGAACUUCAGACGGCCGAUUCCACCGAAUCAUCCCUAACCCGCGUUUCGCACGAGCGAUUGACAAAUGAGUUGGCGAAGCUGAAUUCGAGAUUGCGUGACGAGGUACAGCGAACGCAGGCCUCGGUGCGAUUGGACCUCAACCUCGAGAAGGGCCGGAUACGAGAGGAGGCCAACGUGCAGGAGCUCAAGCUCAAGGAGACCGAGACACGGAUAGAGCAGGAGACAGCGCAGCUGCGUGAGAGACUGGAAACCGUCAAGUUCCAGACGCUGCAGUGGCUGGUGGGCGUGUGCACUGGUGCUGCGGCUCUUAUGCUCGGUGUCUGGCGUAUCCUUAUGUGA